CGGCGGCGGCCGGUGAGCGUCCCGCGCCGGAGCCCCACGAGGCGGGCCCGUCAGAUUUUUUUAAAAAUGGAUUUGGCCAACCAUGGACUUAUUCUCCUGCAACAGUUAAACGCUCAGCGAGAGUUUGGUUUCCUGUGUGACUGCACGGUUGCAAUCGGCGAUGUGUACUUCAAGGCACACAAAUCAGUUCUUGCUUCAUUCUCCAAUUACUUUAAGAUGUUGUUUGUCCAUCAGACCAGUGAGUGCGUUCGUUUGAAACCAACUGACAUACAGCCCGACAUCUUCAGCUAUCUCUUGCACCUGAUGUACACUGGGAAGAUGGCGCCUCAGCUCAUCGACCCCGUUCGAUUAGAACAGGGGAUCAAGUUUCUGCACGCUUACCCACUCAUCCAGGAAGCCAGCCUCGCCAGCCAAGGAGCCUUUUCCCACCCUGACCAAGUUUUCCCACUGGCUUCUUCCUUGUAUGGCAUUCAGAUUGCAGACCAUCAGUUGCGACAAGCCACCAAGAUUGCUUCAGCACCUGAAAAACUCGGGCGAGAGCCAAGGCCCCAGACCUCCAGGAUGGGCCAGGAGCAGGUGCCUGAGGCCUCACAGCUCUCUCAGCUGACCUCAAAUCUGGCGCAGGUGAAUCGGACAAAUAUGACUCCCUCGGACCCUCUGCAGACCUCGCUGUCUCCAGAACUCGUUUCCACUCCCGUUCCCCCCCCUCCUCCCGGGGAGGAGACCAACCUGGAAGCCUCCUCCUCGGAUGAGCAGCCUGCGUCCCUCACCAUAGCCCACGUCAAGCCGAGCAUCAUGAAGAGGAACGGGAGCUUUCCUAAGUACUACGCCUGCCACCUGUGCGGGCGGCGCUUCACGCUCCGCAGCAGCUUGCGCGAACACCUGCAGAUCCACACGGGCGUCCCUUUCACCUCCAGCCAGCAGGGCGAGAGCCGCGUGCCCCUGUCUCUCUGUAGCAACGCAGCCGACCUCGGGAAAGACGCCAUGGAAGUGCCUGAAGCUGGGAUGAUAAGUGACAGUGAGCUGCAGCACAUCUCAGAUUCUCCAAUCAUCGACGGACAGCAGCAGUCAGAAACCCCACCCCCCUCAGACAUCGCUGACAUCGACAACCUGGAGCAGGCGGACCAGGAGCGGGAGGUGAAGAGGCGGAAGUACGAGUGCACGAUCUGCGGGCGCAAAUUCAUCCAGAAGAGCCACUGGAGGGAGCACAUGUACAUUCACACCGGGAAGCCUUUCAAGUGCAGCACGUGCGACAAGAGCUUCUGCAGGGCCAACCAGGCCGCCCGCCACGUGUGCCUCAACCAGAGCAUCGACACGUACACCAUGGUGGACAAGCAGACUCUGGAGCUCUGCACCUUCGAGGAAGGGAGUCAGAUGGACAACAUGCUGGUCCAAACCAACAAACCCUACAAAUGCAACUUGUGCGACAAAACGUUCUCAACACCCAACGAGGUGGUGAAACAUUCAUGCCAAAACCAGAACUCGGACGUGUUUGCCCUAGACGAAGGGCGGUCCAUUCUGCUGGGCAGCGGGGAUUCGGAAGUAACGGAACCUGACCACCCGGUGUUGGCUUCCAUCAAAAAGGAACAGGAAACCGUUUUAUUAGACUGAAGGUCUCUUAUCUUUUUAAAAAACUGUCAUUUUUACAAAGACUCUCUUCCUUCCCUUCCCUCAGCUCAGAACUGUAGCCCUCCAUGGCAUGAUACAAACAGGUCCCUGGUUCUGUCUCCUUCCCCUUCUCCCCUUCCCAGCCCCAUCUUUGUAAAGGUUGUGCAUUAUAAACCUGGAAUGUAUUGACUCUAAUUCAGGGGAUACUGGAAAGAUAAUGGUCAGUAGUACUUAUAAAUUCAAAUCGAUUUUGAGAAAUUUUCAAUUAUUUAAAAGCAUACCUGGAACUAAUGAAGGGUAUAUAACACAACAAAACAACUAGAAUGCAAUCUGGUGACCUAAAAUUAUGACUUUCCCUGGGUAAUAAGUCUUCCUUCUCAGAAAAACAAUGUCAGAAAAUACAGCAUGCUUCCUAGUGAUACAGCUGGCCUCUGUACUAUGCAAAAUCUAGAAGGUGUGGGGGAACUUCAAACCCAAGAAGAUGUUCUUAGAAUUUAUUCUCCAGGUGUCUAAUUUCAGAAUGCAUCCUUUGAGAUUAUGUCCAGUUAAGAAAAAUCAUUAGUUAAGAGAUCUACUUGAACAAAACACAAAAAAGCAAAGUAAUAAUGUGAUGGCAAUCUUAAUUCUUGACUAAAGCAUGACAAGCUGUGAGUUUGUGUGUUUGUAAGAGAAAACGUGGAUACUUGCUAUAAACAGGUGAAUUAAUGCACAUGCCUUAUCUAAUUGCUGGCUUCUUUCCAAAUUGAAAAAACAAAAUGCUGUAUUUUAGUUUCUGACAAAUGUGUUACUUGUUUUAAAAAUCAAACUUGAAAGUACUGUUCUAUGGACUGUCUUUCUGAAAAGAAAAUGGCAUGCCACUCUAGCAGUUGCCAGUGGUCAUUUCUGCACCAACCAACUGCUUUUAAAUCAGUGUGUGUACUGCAGGGAAAAGACGCAGGAAUCUGCGUCUCACAGGGGAAGUUGUAAGCACAAGAUGCAGUGACUUUAAUGACUUUAAAAGUCAGUGCUAAUAGUUUACUGGCAACAUUAGUCGAAGCAUCAAAAACAAAUGGCAAAGAGAAAUCAGGACAAGAAAAUCUAAUUGCCGUUUGGGAAAAAACUUGGUUUUGAUGUUUAUUCUCCAGGUUUUCGAGGUUUUAAUGCCUGAAAUGUUUUCCAUUGGCCUGAAAGCAGUAAAAAUUGUCCAUUAAUCUUCCCCUAGACCAAUAAAAGAAUGGUCUCACAGACAAAAUAGGAGCCAGAAAUAAGGACUGAAGGGGAAGGGAAGGGAGAAAAUAGUUAAUAGCUAUGCUGUAUGUAUAUGUUAAAAACUGAAUAUCCCAUUGUCCUAUUUCAUGUAUAGUUGAGUUCUCAAAUUUGUAAGUUUUUAUACAUCUUUCAUUGAAUAAACAUUUAAUUAAAUGGGUA